UGGUUGCAAAACACUUGUUUUUUUAAAAAAGGAUUAGGACUCACAGCUGGAGGGCACUGCUGGAGCUCAUUCCAGCACCUGGAGGCGCGGUGUAACCAGAUCCUGUUGGAUAUGGAGGGGGCCCUGACGGCGCGGGACCGGGUGGGGAUCCAGGACUUUGUGCUGCUGGACGCCUACACCAGCGAGAGCGCCUUCCUCGGGAACCUGCGCAAGCGCUUCAGCGAGAACCUCAUCUAUACGUACAUUGGCACUCUGCUAGUCUCAAUCAACCCUUACAGAGAGCUGGGCAUCUACAGCACUAAGCAAAUGGACAUCUACAUGGGAGUCAACUUUUAUGAGCUUCCUCCACACCUGUUUGCUCUGGCAGAUAAUGCGUACCGCACCAUGCUGGCAGAGACUAAUAACCACUUCAUCCUCAUAUCUGGGGAGAGUGGUGCUGGGAAGACUGAGGCUUCCAAGAAGAUCCUGCAGUUCUACGCUGCCAGCUGCCCUCGAACCCAGCUUCUGGACAACGUCAGGGACCGCCUGCUCCUCUCCAACCCUGUGCUGGAGGCCUUUGGGAAUGCCAAAACCCUGAAGAAUGACAAUUCCAGCCGCUUUGGGAAGUACAUGGACAUCCAGUUCGACUACCAGGGGGAGGCGGUCGGAGGACACAUCCUCAGUUACCUCCUAGAGAAAUCAAGGGUAGUCCAUCAGAACCACGGAGAGAGGAACUUUCAUAUCUUCUACCAGCUGGUGGAGGGGGGAGACGAUGAGCUCCUGCGAUGGCUGGGUCUAGAGAGAAACCCACAGCACUAUAGAUACCUGGUACAGGGGGACUGUGCCAAAGUGAGCUCGAUCAAUGACAAGAAUGACUGGAAAACCGUGCAGAAGGCCCUCUCUGUCAUUGACUUCAGCAAGACUGAGAUUGAGCACCUGUUCGCCAUCAUCGCCAGCGUCCUUCACCUGGGCAACGUCCGCUUUGAGGCCAACGCCCACGGAUACGCUACGCUCAACAGCAGCUCCGAAGUGCACUGGCUCUCCCAGAUGCUGGGGAUUCAUUCGCAGGUGCUGCAGGAGGGCCUCACUCACAGGAAAAUCGAAGCCAGAGAGGAGCAGGUACUCAGCCCCUUCACCACAGACCACGCGGUGUACGCCAGAGACGCCCUGGCCAAAGCCAUGUACGGGCGCACCUUCACCUGGCUCGUCAACAAAAUUAACGAGUCUUUGGCUAACAAGGACCACUCUAGGAUGACUGUUAUCGGACUUCUGGAUAUCUAUGGCUUUGAGGUCUUCCAUGUGAACAGUUUUGAACAGUUCUGCAUAAACUACUGCAAUGAGAAGUUACAGCAGCUUUUCAUCCAGCUGACCCUGAAAUCUGAGCAGGAGGAAUACGAAACAGAGGGCAUUGAGUGGGAGACAGUACCGUUCUUCAACAACAAGAUCAUCUGUGACCUGGUGGAGGAGAAACACAGAGGAAUCAUUUCAGUGUUGGAUGAGGAGUGCCUGAGGCCAGGAGAUGCAACUGACCUCACCUUCCUACAGAGGCUGGAGGAGAAGGUGGGUGGCCACCCCCACUUUAUAACGCACAAGCUGGCCGAUCAGAAAACACGCAAAACCCUGGAGAGAGGAGACUUCCGUCUUUUGCACUACGCUGGCGAAGUCACCUACUGCGUCGUGGGAUUCCUGGACAAAAACAAUGAUCUUUUGCACAGAAACAUCAAAGAAGUGAUGCGUAAGUCUAAGAAUGACAUUGUUAAGCACUGCUUCCCUUCCACUGAGCCGGACACCAAGAAGAGGCCAGAGACGGUGGCCACUCAGUUUAAAAACAGCCUGGCGGGGCUCACUGACAUCCUCAUGGCCAAAGAGCCCUGGUACGUUCGCUGCCUCAAGCCCAACGACUCCAAGCAGCCAGGGCGGUUUGAUGACGUGCUGGUCAGACACCAGGUGAAGUACCUGGGCUUGAUGGAGCACCUACGCGUCAGACGGGCUGGCUUCGCCUACCGCCGGAGAUUCGAGGUCUUCCUGCAGAGGUACAAGGCACUCUGUCCUGACACUUGGCCCAACUGGAAAGGCCCCCCUGCGGAGGGAGUGGAGAGGCUGGUCAAGCACCUGGGGUACACACCCGACGAGUACAAGAUUGGCCGGACCAAGAUAUUCAUCCGCCAUCCCAAAACCCUCUUUGCUACUGAAGAUGCCUUUGAGGUGUGCAAGCACAAACUGGCCACACGAAUCCAAGCCAAGUACAAAGGGUACCGUGGAAAGGGAGCGUACCAGAGACAGAGAGAUGCAGCCAUGAAGAUCGAGACAUGCUGGAGGGGUCUGAUGGCCCGCAAAGAAAGAGAAAGGAGAGCCUGGGCUGUUAAGGUCAUAAAGAGGUUUAUCAAGGGCUUCAUGACCAGAAACCAGCCUGCCGGUGUGGAUAACUCUGAAUACCUGGCCUUCGUCAGACAGAACUACCUCCUCCGUCUGAGAGACAAUCUGCCCAAAUCCAUCCUAGAGAGAAACGCCUGGCUUACCCCACCCCCCAUAAUGCAGGAGGCAUCUUCCAUGCUGCGUAGACUCUACACACGCCAUAUGGUCCGGCACUAUGUGCGUGGCAUCACUGCACAACGUAAAGCACAGCUGCUGCUGAAAGGUGUGGCCAGUGCCUUAUUUAAGGGCAAGAAGGAGAGCUAUCCCCAAAGCGUGCCCAGACCUUUCGCAGACACUAGAAUAGGGGAACAGGAUAUCAACAUGAAGGUCCUACAGUUGAUCAGACACGAACGAAUCCAGUACAGCGUGCGGGUGGUAAAGUAUGACAGGAAGGGCUUUCGGCCCCGCCCCAGGCUGCUGUUGCUGACUCAAGCUGCGCUGUACGUGGUGGAGGAGGCCAAGGUCAAACAGCGCGUGGAGUACAGGGCCCUGAGAGGUGUGUCAGUGAGCAAUCUGAGUGACAAUUUCAUGAUCCUCCAUGUCAUGUGUGAUGACAACAAACAGAAGGGUGACGUGGUGCUGCAGUGCGAUCACCUGUUUGAGGCGCUGACCAAGCUGUGCGUGCUGGCAAACAAGCACACCUGUAUCAGAGUGGUGCAGGGCAGUGUCAGGUUUGAUAUCCAGCCAGGAAGACAGGGGUUCGUGGACUUCUGCAGUGGCCAGGAGUCCAUCGUCUACAAGGCCAAGAAUGGACAUCUAAUGGUGGAAUCCACUCAAGCAAAGUCUCGCUGACCUGGGACCCAGACCAUGUUUGGAUGAGCUACACCUGUCCUCUGCCUGUCUAACCCACAUGGACGUGCCAGCAUCUGGACCCCUACGCAAAGGGAUAAUAAAGCAGAGAUGGAGUUUGUGACAUUCCUCACUUUACUGGUAGAAAAGAGAGAAGAGUUCCAGCAGUCUCAAAGUACAUUGGGGUAACAACCUAUGAGAUAACCUCUUUUGGUUGGCACCAAUGUACUCUGUGAUUGGUGGAGCUCCUCUAUUAUCUGUUUUAUCAUCCCUGCCUCUGUACAUUACCUGCUCCAGUGGUGGGUCCAAGGGGCCUGCCCUUGCGGGGAAAGACUUUCCUUACAGUACAUGUUCAACUAUUGAUCAAGCUCAAGCAGAUAGUGCUGGUAGAUAGACAGACAGACAGGAAGGCAGGGAGGGAGGUAAGUACAGACAGACAGACAUCUCCUUCUGCUGAAUAAGGGCUGCACCAUUCAAACUCAGAGUAGUAGAGCUCAUCUUUGCUGUGAAGGUCAUCUGAAGGUCACUGUAGGUCAUAUGUGUUUAAUAGGCAGGAUUCUUAACUGUGAUCAGAAUGGUAAUGAUGUCACUGCAUUGCUUCAUCGAUAACUUUGUGACUUUAAAGCCAUAUGUACCAUAUAAUUUUUUAUAAAUAUUUACUCACACACAGAUGUCUAAUAAACUAAUAAUAUCGAUUAUCAA